AUAAAUAGAGAAAUAGAGAGGAAAAGGAGGUAGAAAGUGCAAGUCAAGCAGCCAUGGCAGACAGUAUAAAAGAAGAACCAUCCACAACAUCAUCACCGAUGUCUCAACCAUCACCAUAUCCCAUGUUACUCAUCAGAAUCAUGAGCAAAAGAAGAACUUGGGUAUGUCUCUUUAUAGCUGUAUACACCAUUUUGUUAUCAUUUUCGUGGAAUUUCCUCAAAUCUGUGCUUUCUUGGUAUGAAUCCACCAUAUCAACCUCAAAUUCCCCAUCUGGGUGGCCAGCUUUGUACGCUGCUGUGCUUCUUGGGGCCGUUUUUGGCCUUCUUUCCAUGGCGGCCGCCUUGGCCGUGGCGGUUCCGGCCACCAUGGUGACAUGGAUCUCUGUUCUUGUGUUGUUGACUUUUUGUGGGAAGCCAAGGAGGACUGUGGUGGUGGAGGGGAAGAAAUUGACGGCUGAGAUUUCUGGGUUUGUGGUUAGGAUUUUGAUUAAAGAAGGGAAUAUUGUGGCUGCCCUUUGUGCUGUUUUGGGGUACUUUGCUCUUGUGAGGAAGAACAAAGAUGGUGGUGGUGAUUUCUGACCAAAAUUGGUUGAUGGGUUUGUUUGAUUUUGUGGAAUUUUAUGUGGGAAAGGGUUGGCUAAUGUUUUUGGAAUUUGAGGGUUUUUUCGUGAAAAUUUGGGUGCACUCUCUCUCAUGCUAGUAUGACUCAUGUGUAAGAAUUUGUAAUCUAGGUUUUGAGAUAUAGCAUAUGAUUCAGAAUUUGGCUCUUUCAGUAGCUAUCUCAUGCCAGGUUUUAUUCAACGCCGCGGAUAAAGGUGGAGAGUUAUCUUACAUAGUUGACAGGCAGCAUAAAACAUUAUCAGAUAGGAGCUAUGUAAUAGUAUUAUUAUGUUUUUUAACAAAUUAAAUUGUAUAUUUUUUCUGG